AUCAUAGCAACGUUUAAGCAGUAGGAACGUUGACGAAACAAGACCAGUAAUGCUUUUACCAAUGGAUCGUUCAAACAAAUAUAAUGGUGCUUUUUUUCAUUAUUAGUUAAAAAUUUUAACAAAAAGUGGAUUUAAUAUAAAAUAUAAUAUCUUUCUGUAUUAUUUACUUUUUUCGUAGAUUCUCGAAUACAUCGAUAAAUUUCAAAUUUCUCGUCUAUAAGUUCUUAAUUAAAGUGGCACAAAUCUAUGAAUUAUUUGCCAAUCUUAUAUAUACAUUAAAUAUUUUGAUAUAAAAUAUAAAUGUUAUCUGAGAAAGUCGCCAAUACUGGUACCCUAUUUUAAGAUAAUAUUUCUUGAACUUAAGCUAAAAAUAAGGAUUUGAAAACAUAAGUACAAAUGAGAAAAGCUUUCCUUUAUCAGAUACUAUUUUUAUAAUACUAUUUUGUAUUUUGUAAUAAUUAAUGUUUUUGCCACACUCAAAAAAAAGCAUCUGAGAAAUAUUUAGAACACCUGAAACAACCACUGUAGAUAAUAAUAGCAGAAUUCAAAAAAGUAUCACAAAGAAAGUAUUAUGUGUAAGUUAAACUGAUAAAAUAAGUAAUAAAAUACAUUUUGAUAUAUUAAACAACAAAACUUAUAAAUCUAAAAAGAAAAAAUUAAACUUUUCUACUUUUUACAAUAUUUUAGCAUUUUAUUCUAGAUCUGUUGUGUAUAACAAUAUUUUUCUUAACUUGAAGUAUUCAAGCAAAUAUGAAAAGUUCAUGGAAUAUAUAUCAACAUUGUAAUUAAAAAUUUUGUAGUUAUAAUCUGUUUUUACAAAGAGAAAGAGUCACUGCACCAGUCAAUGAACAAAUAAAAGUUGAACUAGUCAAUGAACAUAUAAAUUAAAUUUUAAUAUAAAUACAUUUUUAAAUAAACAAAGAUAUUUUAAUAAAAUGUUUAAAUUAGAUCAUAAAAAAUACAAUUAAUUCACAAUUUAUUAUUUCAAAGUCUAAUACUUUUCUAAACAUAGUCAUUUACUGGUGAUUGUUCAGCGACUGGUGCAAUGACCUUAAUUCGAUUUACACGGCAUAACAACUUUAUAUUUCAACCCGCAUUACGAGAAAAAUUAUGAAAGUAAAGAACAUAAACAAAAGAAAUGUAUGAAGCUACAAACAUAUAAAGCAAUCUAGUAUUAUUAAUAAUAUGCUCACUACUUUAUGUUUCAACUAUGCAAUUUGGAAGAGAAAAUCAUGCAAAUUUUAUUUUUGCGUCUCAAGAAUUCGUUUCUACAUAGAUUUUAUUAAAAAAUGUGUAUGUACAACUAUGGAUUUUUUUUUAAUUAUCUAAGCACAUCAUAUUUUUAUCAGUAUUAACACAUUACAAUAUACUAUUGUUUCCGAGAAAUACAAAUACAUGCCACCUUAAAGGGGGUUGGCCAAUAUUAACGACUUUCCUCUAUAUAGCUUCAUAUGUGUAUAUAUGUAUACAUAUUUAUUAUACGUAUAGAUAUUCAUUUACAUAUUUAAACAUUUAUACACAUAAUGAGAAAUUUAAUUAUUAUUAUGUAUAUUAAUUAAUUACAGUGUUAAAUAAAAUUGGAUAUUGCUAUAUAAUAGAUUAUGUAUAUUUAUUUACAUUUAUAUAAUUUUAUGUAACUAAAUAUGAUUAUAUGUAUAUGAAAAUUUUUUUACCGGAUGAUUACACAGAUUUAAGAUGGGCAAUUGGUCUGCAUCGGUAUAUGUUAAAAAUUAUCGGUUUAUGGCCACAACAGAUAAAGGAUCAACAUAAAGAAUAUUUUUCGAUUUUUCGGAUGCUAUUAAAUAUUAUCAUAAUAACUUUUGUAAUGACUGUACCGGCUUUAGUCCAACUGAUAAAAGUAUGGGGUGAUAUGCUUCAAAUAAUAGAUAAUUUGCAAUACACCCUGCCUUUUUUAGUAACGGAACUUAAAAUCUUCGUUAUGUGGUAUAAGAAGGGAGUUUUAUCGCUGUUGAUUAACAUGAUUGUAAAAGACUGGUUGGGAGUGAAAAUAGAUCAAGAGCGAAAUGUCAUGCUAAAGCAUGCCAGGAUCACCCGCUUACUCAUCAAAAGUGGAAUAUUUAUCGCAGUUUUUGCAGGGCUUAGCAGCAUGAGUUCUGCAUUUUUUAAACAAUUUUUUGGGCAUAUAAGAAAUCUCACUAAUCCUGAAAGAUCUUUACCGAUGCCUACAUACUACUGGUAUGAUGUAUACAGCAGCCCGAAAUACGAACUAACAUAUCUGGCACAAAUAAUCGGAAUGAUUGCAAGCGGUAUCACUUACAUCGCAGUCGACAAUUUUCUUGGACUAUUGAUCUUACAUGUAUGUGGUCAGAUGGAGAUUCUGCAUCUACGAUUAAUGAAUCUUGGGAAGAAUCCAGACUUCAGAGCGAUUUUAAAGUACAACAUUAAAGAGCACAUCCGUUUGAUCAGAUCUGUAGAAGCAAUUGAUAGCACGUUCAAUUUAUUGCUACUGGCCAUGAUAGGUUUUUUCAGCAUUCUCUUCAGUCUUCAUGGAUUUCUAAUAAUUAACGCUGUUAGUCGAGAUAAUCACUUGUCUAUUACACAAUUGGUUUUUUAUAUUUCCUCGAGUGUAUCUUUCUUAAUGCAUACUUGCCUUUAUUGUGCAGUAGGCGAACUUCUGGUAAUUCAAAAUGAAAAAAUACAUAGCGCUACAUGGGAAUGUAUAUGGUAUACUCUAAAGCCAAAAGCAGCAAAAAAUUUGAUAUUAAUUAUGCUCUGUGCAAAGAAACCACUUAAUAUCACAGCGGGAAAAAUAUUCCCAAUGACAAUGUCUACAUUCUGCAGCUUAUUAAAAACGUCGAUGGGUUACGUAUCUAUGUUACUUGCCGUUCGAAAUUAAUGAACAGCUGAUAAUUCUGGAAAUAAUGGCAGAGGGAAUAUCAAUUCAGUAUCUCUAUCAAAUCCUAUUUCACGACGUAAAAAUACAAACAAUAACAUGCAUAAAACAAUAGUUGUUUAUCAUAAUCGCGCAACCAUAAAUACAGCAGAAUGGCCUCUUGUCGCGAGAGUAAUGUGAUAAAAAUUCAAGCAUAUAGUAUAGUAUUUAUCUAGUGAUGAUUAGAAAUUAGACAUCAUGAAAAGUUUUCUUCUGAUUUGUUUUCUUAUUUGAUUUACUAAUAUAAAACAAACGGAUAACUGGCAGAACUAUUUGUUUCUCUUACUGCGAUUUGCAAUAAUUUUGCAAAGAUAUUUUAAAGUAAUACUUGAAUUUCACAAUUUCCUAAAAAAAACUCUAUUACGGAAUAUUUUCUCUUCAAAUAGAAAUAUGAAAAAUGACAUUUUUUAGUUUUGUGUUGUACAACAUACAUUUUGUAUACGCAGAUGAAAGAGAAAUAAAAUUUAUAGCGCAAACUAAUAAUUUAAA